GACAGCAAAGGAAGGUUUUUCCUCCAGGGCAAGUGAUCUUAUCACUACAUUUUUACUUGGCACUCUGCUGUUUAGCAGUUUUCUUUCAAAAAGAGUAAGGCUAGUAGGUGUUAUUUUAGGUAUUUUCAGCCUUCCGAACGUCAAGACACAAUGGCUGAUGCAAGCUUUCAACAGGAAUUCCUGGAGACUCACAACGCCUACCGAGCCAGACACAGUUCGCCGCCGAUGACCCUCAGCGGGGAACUGAACACGGCAGCUCAGAAAUGGGCGGAUCACCUGCUAGCUUUGGGUGCUAUGCAGCACAGUAACACCAAGGAUGGAGAGAAUCUUUACACCAUGUGGAGCUCAGUGGCCAUUAAACACACAGGAAAAGAAGCUGUAGAUCACUGGUAUGGUGAAAUCAAGGAAUAUAACUGGAACAAACCAGGAUUUGAUUACAGCACAGGUCAUUUCACUCAGGUGGUGUGGAAAGGAAGCACCCAACUGGGAGUUGGUAUGGCCACCGAUGGCAACAAGGUUAUUGUGGUUGGCCAGUACCGCCCAUCUGGCAACAUCAGCGUGCCGCAAUACUACGUGGAAAAUGUCCUCCCACAAACUGAGAGAGGAGCAAGUGGAGCUACAAACACCCCCAGCAACGAGACAGGAGGUAACCCAAGACAGACGUGCCCACUGCAGUAGAAAACCUUGGCCAUCCUUGCAGUACAUUAACUUCUUGUACACCUGUGAGCAUGUUUUAUGUAAAAAAAAAAAAACGAUUUUACUGACAGGGAGGUUAUCAUAUUUAUUUUGACUUAUCUAUGAUCGAGCUUUUAAUUCUGUAUGUCUGCCACUAAGCUGAGCAUUUAUGUGACAAUUGCAAUUUGUUAUCUUGCAAAUUGACAGCAAUAUAUGUUCAAGAU